CCCGGUGUCUGAGUGGUUGCUGGGUCUCCAUGGAGAAGCGGCUCGCCGGUGUCCCAGGCUGCUGAGCUCUCGCCGCCCGAGUCCCCGCGGCGCGGCCGCAGGGCCAUGCUAGCCUUGCGCGUGGCGCGCGGCUCGUGGGGGGCCCUGCGCGGCGCCGCUUGGGCUCCGGGGACGCGGCCGAGUAAGGGGCGCGCCUGCUGGGCCCUGCUGCCGCCCGUGCCCUGCUGCUUGGGCUGCCUGGCCGAACGUUGGAGGCUGCGUCCGGCCGCGCUUGGCUUGCGGCUGCCCGGGAUCGGCCAGCGGAACCACUGCUCGGGCGUGGGGAAGGCGGCCCCCAGGCCAGCGGCCGGAGCGGGCACCGCUGCCGAAGCCCCGGGCGGCCAGUGGGGCCCGGCGAGCACCCCCAGCCUGUAUGAAAACCCGUGGACAAUCCCAAAUAUGUUGUCAAUGACGAGAAUUGGCUUGGCCCCAGUUCUGGGCUAUUUGAUUAUUGAAGAAGAUUUUAAUAUUGCACUAGGAGUUUUUGCUUUAGCUGGACUAACAGAUUUGCAGAUGGACAAAGAAGAGGAGCACUCCUUGAUACUACAUUGUUAGUUUUGAUGAGAGGGGGAUUUAUUCAGAUGAUCUCAAAUUAGAACUGGAAAAUAAUUUUAUAACAGAAGGCUACAUUAAAUAGGCUUUUGUGGACUGGCUAGCCGUCAUCAUGUAUGACGUUAUUUGUAUUACCAACUUUAUUUCAUGAAAGUUUCGAAAUGCCUUAUAAAACUGGCUGGACACAGUGGCUUACACUUGUAAUUCCAGUGCUUUGAGAGGUCAGGAGUUUGAGACCAACCUGCACAACAUAGCAAGAGCCUGUCUCUACAAAAAAUUUAAAAAUUAGCUGGACAUGGUGGCACAUGCCUGCAGUCCUAGGUACUCAGGAGGCUGAGGCAGGAGGAUUGCUUGAGCUCAGGAGUUCAAGGCUGCAGUGAGCUAUGAUCGCACCACUGUACUCUAGCCUGGGUGUCAGAGCAAGACCUUGUCUCUUAAAAAAAAAAAGGAAAAACUUCAUGCUGUAUAAAAACAUAGUUGAGGGAAGUGUGGAAAAGAUGGAGGAAUAAUUUUAAACCAGGGCAGAGUUAGCAGGAGAAAUAGAUACAUUAUAUUCUUGUACAAGAUUGGUCUGAGAUCUAUAUGAGCAUUCAGACAGGUGGUGCUUUGGUGCCUCUUCAAACUAAUUUAUGUUUGAAAAGCUUUGCUCAAUAUUUAUUGAGUGAGAAUCGAGAGAAACUAGUUUUAUAUUAAUAAAAGUUGUAUGCCGUCUUUCUUUGUAACAUCAGCUGUUCUCUUUGAGGUUCAUAGAAACAAAAUUCCACCUGCCUAGUAGCAGUAGCAUUGGUGGGCAACAUAGAAUUAACUGAAGAUUUUGGAGUGCAGACAAAAGAGAGCAUUUGCAUUGUUACAUGGCAUUUCCAAACCUGCUUCAAACAUAGCCUCCAAAUUGGCUUUACCUCUCUUUUUCCAGAGUUUAGCGUCUACUAAUAUUUGUCACUACCUCUUCCCAUUCUCAUAACGUAAUCUUUCUCCUUUUCUUUUGUCCCUGCUUUUUUUUUUUUUUUUUUUUUGGAGAUGGGAGACUCACUCUGUCACCCAGGCUGGAGUGCAGUGGCGUGAUGUCAGCUCACUGCAGCCUCUGCCUCUUGGGUUCCAGCAGUUCUCCUGCCUCAGCUUCCCGGGUAGCUGGGAUUACAGGCACACACCACCAUGUCUGGCUAAUUUUUCUAUUUUUAGUAGAGAUGGGGUUUCACCAUGUUGGCCAGGCUGGUCUCGAGCUCCUGACCUCAGAUGAUCCACCCACCUCGGCCUCCCUUGGCCUUGGAUUACAGGCAUGAGCCACCACACCUGGCCUGUUCCUUCUUUUAUCCCAAAGCCUGCACUCAUUGUUAAUGUUAUCUCCAAGUCUGUCAAAGGCCAUUAUACUGAUAAGAGUUUUUUUUUAACAUAACAGACAAGAUCUUUUUCAGUUACUGUAGUCUCCUUUUUUGUCUGCUACGUUUUUUUUUUUUUUCUUUUAAGCUGCCACAUGAGAUUGCAGUAUUCAUUGAAUGUUAGAGAGGCCCCAUUAACAUUUUUCUAAAUACAUAAAAUGAUGUUUGUGGAAACCUAAGUUAACUGGUGCCACAUUUCACAUUUGUUCCAUGGAGAUUUUAGUGCCUUUCGAUUGGCCACUGGGAGGUGGCCAGACUCAUCGGUUUAAGCCGGGGAAUGACAAAGUCUGAUUGCGUUGUGUGUGGAAAAUGGGUUAUAGACAGCUAAGAGUGGAAGCUGAGUAAGUGGUUAGGGGGCUGAUCGUGAUCCAGCAAGAGUGGAAGCAGAGUAACUGGUUAGGGGCUGGCCGUGAUCCAUGGCGGCAGUGGUGGGAGCUUAGACUGGGGUUGGAGUUUGGAGUUGGAGAGAAGUAUGUGGGUGUGAGAUAUAUUUUAAAGACAGAGGUAAUAUGUUGAUGGAUUAGAUAUGGAGUAAGAGUAGGAAGAGUCAAAUAUGAAUAUUACGGUCUUACUUUAAAAAAAAAAUUCUCUUCUAAAACCAGGUUCAUGGAAAUGACAUUUUCUGUGAUGGGCAACACUUGAGUAGGGCAGAGUUUAAGGGAGAAUACUAAGAAUUCUGUGGCCUAUCCACAUAGAAGUAUCAAUUGGGCAGUUUAGUAGUUUGGAGUUGGUGGAAGUCAUCGUUACAGAGAGAGAAAUUUGGGAGCUGUCAGAUAUAGAUGGUUGGAUCUGGGCAAAAUCAUCCAAGCUGAGGUAACAGAAAUGAAGGGUCAGAGAAAUGAGCAACAAGUAGAGCACCAGAAAAGAAGCUAGUCAGGAACCCUGGGAAGGAAUAGCUGGCGAGGAAGAAAAUUAGGCAGUGAGAUUUCCCAGAAAGUGGAGAAAGUGCUUCAGUUGUGUCGAGGUCAGGUACUCUAAAAAUGCGGAAUUCCUUGGCGACCUUUAUGAGCCUCACCUCCGGAGGGGUGGGGACGAUUGGAGUGGGUCGAUGAACACAUGUGAGGUGGUAAUGACAUUGGACGUUCCUUUGAAGCAGUUUUGCUUUGUAGGGGAAUAGAGAAAUAGGAUCACAGAAGGGUCUUUUAAAAAGAUAUAUACUGGGGAAUUAUAUCUAUAUAUAUAGAUAUAGAUAGAUAGAUAUAAAAUCCUAUAUGUAAAAAUAUAUAUGCUGGAGUAUAUGUAUAUACUGAGGAAUUUUUGU